AUGGCUUCACAGUCCCCGAGAAAACAUGCAAAGAAACCUUCCUUCUUCAAGGUCUUGAUUCGGGAUUUCUCAACUCGCUUGAAAAUCCCACCAGCUUUUAUGAAGGAGUUUGGAAAAGAUAUGUCAAAGAAAACAUCAACACUUAUUGAGACUUAUAAUGGUCGAUCUUGGGAAGUUGAAGUGGAAAAGCUCGGAAACAAAUUUUAUUUUAAUAGUGGGUGGCAUAAAUUUGUGGAAGAUAAUAAUUUGGAAACUGGAGAUUUCUUGGUGUUUAAGUAUUUUGCAGAUUAUUCAAAGUUUAAGGUCAAAAUCUUUGGCAAAACUUGCUGUGAGAAGCAAUCCAAUGUGGUUGUUGAGGAGAGGCCUUGUGAACCUCUUAAUGGUAAAGUAGAUCGUCAGAGAAAUGCACAAGAAGGAACAAAAGAAGGAGGAAUGAAGAAGAAGAAGAUGAUGAUGAUGAUAUUGCAAGAAGCAAGAAGACUGAAUUUGAUAGAUCCAAAGCAUUUGAAAGAAAUAUAA